AUUGCACCCAGGUCCCUCAUCCGCGCGCGUGCAGCAGUUCCUGACACUUCAGUUAUGAAUGUGACUUGGCAAUAUGGAAGUGUCAAAUAAACAAAAACAGUCUCAAGGGGACAAAAGUCAUAAAACUGAGACAAGUAUAGAUCAGUACACCGGAGGACACGACUCUUCUCACACCUCGGGUCACGUAACUGUUAGUGAAAGCAAUCUAAAUAUGUCCUCAGAGAAUCUACUGUCCCCAAAUACUCUGGACAUUUCUUCCCCUGAGGUCAGUCCCAGUCUCUCAGAUGGAUGGAGUCAUGAUAAAAAGAGCAGAACUCAUGACUGUAUGAUGGAAAUUGGACCAGAUAUCCCAGUAAGUCCUGAGAACAGAGAUGGAGCAUGGGCACCAUCUGUGUGCCAUCACGCCAGGCUUAUUAACAGUGUUAGCUUGCCUGGAUUUGGUGCAAAUCAUCAGUUGUUACAUAAAAAUCAGAAUACAUCUGCCAACAAUCGGGACAUCAUUGAUUACCACAAUCUGACACCUCAAGUGCCAUUUGUACCUUCCAUAGCCAAGUCCAUUCCAAAGAAAAGGAUCUUUCUUAGGAAGCCUAAAAAGACCAUCAAAGACCUUUUUGUCUACAAAAAGCAGAACAGUGAGAAAGCAUCACCAUGUCCACCAUGUCCACCAUGUCCACCAUGCCAUGACUGUAGACCAACAAAGAAAGAAACUAAGAAGUCUAUAAAAUGUCGUGAAUCUAGAACGUCUCACAAAACGUACGAUAUACAUUCUGACUCCUGGAGCGAAGGAUGUGCUAACGUAAGUGAGGAUGCUCUGUCACUGAAAAGCUUCGGCUCUCAAGCUGGUUGUGGAGAGAUAUUUGCAGAUGAGGAAUAUCUGGUCUCUCUUGAAGGGAUGCCAAAACUUAAAACAAACAGGGAUACCAGUGAAACUCCAAAGCGAAGUCUGGUUGCCUUUCAGGGUGGUAUGGAGCAACUAGCAUCACCUUCUCAUCCUGAAGUUUUGGACUUGUUUGAAAUGUGGGAUACAAUCAAUGGGACCGGUCUUUUUAAUCAAAGUUCAGGUAAAGAAACAAAUACAACUUCUACACCCUCCUCAAACAAGACAGUGUACCCAAAUGUUACAGGACAAGAAAAUCAGACAGUGACACCAAAAAGUGAGAACCAAGAAAGUACCAGUGAUGAGGGUUACUGUGAUGGUGUUUCUGCUGAAGAUCACACUGGUCAGUCUCUAACACCAGUUUUUUCCAGAAAGUUCCCUAGGGACACCUACAGUGGAGACGCUCUCUAUGAGUUAUUUUAUGACCACAAUGAGGCAGAAAUAUCCCCCGUUUUUGAUGAUGAAAUGGAUCUGAGCAGCAUCAUUGGCCUGCCAAGUCCAGACCUUCCUUUGUCCAUGUACAGCUUCCAUAUCGGAUCAGAAGAGAAUCUGGCACCUCCUCUGUCAGUAGACUUCAUUAGCCAUGACUUUCUCCAGAGCAACUGGGUAGGAAAGGACUGCUUACUGAAGCUUUGUGAUACAGAGAUUUCCCUGGCUAUGGGCAUCGUCAACUGGAUGAAAUAUAAGGCAAUCCAGGGUAACCAAACAGAUUUUGGAACUCCAGUGAUUAGUACAGGCAGUAAUAGAGAUGUAUUCCACAAAGAAGAAGUUCAAACACAACUUGAAAAGGUCCCAAGUAAAGCAGUUCUGAGGACUGCUCAUGGUAGAGACAACAAAACUGACCUUAAAGUGAGCAAACCAUGUCAAGUAGAUGCUGAGCAUCUGUCAUGGGAUACAAUGAAACUCCAAGCUGGAGUUGUUACAACACCAGAGAGCCAAACCAGGACCCCAACAAGUCACCUAUGCUUCCGGAUAUUCAAUAUCAACUCGGUAUCGACACCCAACACGGAUACGGAGUCUCCAGUAGGACAUUCUCCUGACUCUGGAACUAGCUCCUUGUUUGUUCUGGCCAUAAAGAAAGAAUCUCUUUGUGAAUCUUGCAAGCUUUCCCUGAAACACGGUGCCAAGGAGCUGCAUCUGUGCAAUUCAUGUACCUCCUUCAUUGAGCAAAUAAAGACAUCAGAGUUGUGGCCUCGUGCCCAUCUUUACCAAGCUAAGCUCACAGGAAGUCCCCAAACCUUGCUUCCGUCUCCAAGUAGCAGUUGCGCUAUAGCGAGUGACAUAAGUAUUCUUUCACUAGUCGAGCAGUGUGCUAAUCAGAUGUCUUCUCUGAAGUUUAACCAGCAUCAAGAUCCUUCUGAUCACGAAACAAGAGCUAUCACCAAUCAAGGAAGUGAUAACUAUCCAAGGAAAGAUGCUACCAUGAAGUCCAAGCCCAGGAAGAAAGGGAAUGUAUCAGGAAAAGUGUGUGAUGAUACAAAUGUCCCAGACAGUCUCAGUCAUGUUGCGUGUAAACCAUCCCGUAUCACAGACAACAAAUCAGACAGUUCAGGUCUGAAAACCUACAAGAAUCGAUGCUACCUACAAAAUAAUUCAUUGAAGGUCACUGAUGUAUCUCAAGCUUCAAGGCCAACUUCUCUUCCUCUCACAAGUGCUACCUCUUCUUAUUACUCUAAAAAAGAGCACUGCAAUACCGUCAAGGUCAAAGAAAAAACGUGUGAAAGGUUGCGACGAGACAGGAGACCACCGGUGACUCGGGACGGUUUAUCAGACUGCGUCACGUUAGAAGAGAAGAAGAUGGAACGAAGAUGCAGGAUAAAGAAAUAAAGCAGAUUGUCGUCUCAGCUUCACAGCCACGUUGUCAGGCAGCUCAUGAUUUCACCAGCUGUCAGAAUGUAGAUUUAUAAUAAAAAGUGUUACUGUUCCUCUGAAUAAGGACAUCGUUUCUCUUCCCUCAUCAACAGAUUUAAUUUAAUGUAGAUAUAAAUAACUGAACAUCAGUGUUUCUGUGAUCACUGACAGGUCCAGAGUUCUGCUGCGGUUCUGCUGUAAGUCACUCAUUAUGAAGAACGUUUCUAAAGGCAGAUUCUCACCACUGUGUGUGUUUGUGUCGUACGUCUGGGUUUAAACCUGUUAAAGAAGGUCAUUAAUGUAUGUUCAUGCACAAGAUCAAAUUCAACAGAGUUCUUUAUUUUUAUUUUUCUUCAGUAUUUACUUUUAUUCAUUUUUAUUCUGCUGAUUUUUACAAACUUUACAUUUAUUUAUUAUUCAGUUAUUUAUCUUUUAAAGAACUAUAAACUACAUAUAAAUGUUAAACACC